AUGGACAUCGACUCUGAGCCUAGCAGGCAUUAUGCGUUUGGCCCAGUGAGCGCACAAGAUUUGGAGAUGGUUGUGGCUCUAUACGAAGACGGCAAUCACUACCCUCCUCACAGACGAAAGUCCAGACGGGCGGUUAACAGCAUCCAAGAAUAUUUUUUCAACGCCAAACACUACAUCGUACGUGAUGACAACGUCCACGACCUUAAGCUUAACGGCAAUCGAACCAAAACGCACAACGCCUCGCUCAGAGAUCGAAAUAUCUUCGAGCACGAUUGGGACAACCAUACCUGGAGCAACGACGAGAUCAAAACGAUUCGCCGUAAAUUCAAGUGCGACUGCUAUGCUACCAAAUCUACCGGCUCGAAAGCCACCUGGACGGCCUCGGAAAAAGACAAGAUGCCUGGAUCAUGA